GAUUAAGAAAACGCAAGAAAUAAACACUUCAUUGACAGGAUUUCUGGAAUCUCCACUGAGCAGCUACAGGGAGCAGUCAAUAAGCAAUCACAAACCCAACAUGAAGCCAUCACAGAUAAGCCCAAGCAGUCCUGUUCAAAGUAAUCACACUCAAACAGACACGAUGCACACCCGAAACAGGAAAUUAGAGGCAGAGGGGCUGAAUGUUGAGAGAAAAACACAGACUGUAAUUGAUCAGAUGAUGGUAGACCAGCUCUCCAGAGCUGUCAUCAGUGACCCAGAGCAGAACUCAGCAAAUGCAUUGACUGCCUCAGCUCGCCACAAAAGGACUCUCCAUCACACCAUGGUGAAAACUCAGAAAUCUUUAACAGAGAACCUUCUAUUCCACAAACUCUGUUUUCAUGCCAGGAUUUUAUCAAGAUGUGGACGUGAGGCUUGCCGGGAGCUUAUUGGCUUCUACUUCAUGUGUGAUCAAACACUAACAGUCUAUGAGUAUCGCAGCUUUGGGAAGAACAGGUGCAGUGCACUGCCUUUUAUUGAGCGUGGGGUCUGUAGGACCAGAGGAAGACCAUACUGCCUAGCUGACUUCUCACAGGGUGCAAGUCUGCGGUUCAGUACAGAAGGAUCAUGCGUCCCGGAGAGCCUGAGACAUCAACCUUAUCUGACACUGAGAGUUACUCAUGUGGAUGAGGAGGCCAAGAGAAUGCUACUAGACCAGUUUGGAGAAAGUGUUCACUGGCUUUCUGAAGAGGAAAUUAGUGACAAAAGGAUCCUAUUAGCAAUUCAAGGUGCUGUACAUGAAAGUUUGAAGGGCCAUGCUGUCCAGACCAUGACUGGCUUGGGAAGGAGGCUGAAGAAAUUAGAUGCAAAGCAGAGUGGCCUUAUGAGCAAAGAGAAGCUCAGAGAAUGUCUGAUGGAGGAGCUCAGUCUCAGUCUGCAGGACUUUGAGACAGUGUGGAGAAUCGUGGGUCUGCAGGGACAAAUGCAGGUUGACUACAAUGAAAUGAUACGUGCUGUCACAGGGGAAAUGAGCGAGACCAGAAAAGCUGCUUUCAUAAAGGUUUAUGUUAAACUUGACCCGAAUAAAACAGGCUCCAUCUCCCUGACUGACAUUGAGAAAUUCUACUGCGGCAAACAACUGCAAAUGGACCUCGGGGUGGACUUCCUCACUUGUCUUCGAAACACAGGAAAUGUCAAUAAAUUCGUGUCCUUUGCUGAGUUUGAAGACUACUAUGAAGGACUGAGCAUUGAAAUUCCAAAUGACCUGGUGUACAUCAACAUCCUAAGAAGCACCUGGAAUAUCUGACCUUUACUAACAAUAAGUUUCGGCAAAUCGAUCGCAGACUGAGCAGGGGUGUCCCGGGAGGGAUAGCAAAUGGAUUGCUGCUAUUUCUUGGAGGCGGAGCACAGACCACCAAUCAGAGCAGUGCACCUGAGUGCAGGAGGAGGGACAUUUUUCUUUAUGCUGGCUGUGAUUUUGGUGUCCUUGGUGUGCUCUAUUCCCUUUUGUUGUCAUUUCUGUGUGGUCAUUGUAGUUAGUGUUGUGUGCUGUGUAAUUGGUUGUGAUAAUUGUAAAUAGAAAGUGUUUGAUAAUUGUAAAUAGAAGUUGUGUGAUUCCCUAGUUUCUUAUGUCCACUUUUUGCCCAUUGUAAAUAUUGCACCACGCCCUCUGUACAGCACUUAUCUUUAUAAACGUAUAAAAACAAACAUC